CUCUAUGGCUAUUGUUACCAAGAUAGCAAUGACAUCCCAGACACGCUGACGACCAUCACUGAACUAGGCUCGCCUUUAGAGAUGAUUCAGCUUUUACAGACUUCCUGGGAAGACAGAUUCCGAAUAUGUCUCAGCUUAGUUCGGCUUCUGCAUUAUUUGGCUCAUUCUCCUCUUGGCUCCGUGACAUUACUGGAUUUUCGCCCUCGGCAGUUUGUGAUCGUGGAUGGGGAACUGAAGGUGACGGAUCUGGACGAUGCCAGCAUCGAGGAGAGCUCUUGCACCAGUAACAGCGACUGCUUUAUGGAAUUCCCCGCGAGGAACUUCACCCUGCCCUGUUCAGUUGAGGGACGGUGUCAGAGUAUGAACGAAAAGAGGAAUCUCUACAAUGCCUACAG